CUCCUUAUGAGAGAGACGGAAAACGACUAUAAAUUACAGCGGGAACAAAUUAUUGUUACGGCCAAUAUGUUUUGUCCUUACUGCGGACACGAUCUGGGAACUACCGAUGUACCAAUGUCCUGUGGCUCAUGUGGCUCCAGUGUGCAUUUUUUAGCAGAAUAUGCAGACGGGUCAGCAUCAGAUGUCCUCACAGAUGACCUAAUAAGAAGAUAUUUUAAUGAGAGCUACAGCAAUGCGGAGAUUUUGGAUUUUUUAGCUUCUAAACACAAUGUGCACAUGAGCCUUCGCUCCUUGAAGAGGAAGCUGAAUAUGCUGUCUUUGUUCAGACAAAAGAACUACUCUACUCUUGCCAGUGUUUGUGGGGCCAUACAGGAGGAGUUAAAGGGUCCAGGGCAACACUAUGGCUACCGUUCAAUGUGGCAGACAUUGCGCCUAAAAUACUCGCUGACAGUUAGGAGGGAUGAUGUUAUGGCCCUGAUGAGAGAACUGGAUCCACAAGGAAUUCAACAUCGUGCAAGCAGAAGAUUUGUUAAGCGAGUUUACACUUCUGAUGGACCGAACCAUGUGUGGCAUGUGGAUGGAUACGAUAAGUUGAAACCAUACGGUUUUGGAAUCAGUGGCUGCAUAGAUGGAUACUCGCGAAAGGUGCUGUGGUUGAAAUGUGGAGCAAGCAACAAUGACCCAGUGGUCAUUGCCCAGAAUUACAUGAACUGCCUGACAGAAUAUGGAAUCAUUCCAAUGCGACUUCGUACUGACUGUGGCACUGAAAAUGGCACAAUGGCAGCAAUUCAGUGUGCCUUAAGAUCAUCUCACACUGACGACUAUGCUGGGGCUGCUAGUCAUUUGUAUGGCUCUUCAAUGGCAAACCAAAGAAUUGAAAGCUGGUGGUCUUAUUUUCGCAAACAAAGGUCUCAAUUUUGGAUGGACCUUAUGAAUGAUUUGAGAGAGCGAAAUCUCUUUAACAGCAGUCAUGAGCACACAUGCCUCCUGCGAUUUGCAUUUAUGGAUAUGCUACAACAUGACCUUGAUGAAUGCAGAAAAAAGUGGAACACUCAUACAAUAAGACCUGCUAAACAGUCUCGUUGUCCAUCUGGGAAACCAGAGGUCAUGUACAGCCUACCUCACAGGUUUGGUGGAACUGACUGUGGGUUUCCGGUUUCACUGGAGGAACUGGGGCCAUUUCAGAUUGAGGCAACACACAGUUCAUGUGGAGAUCGUCAUCUCCAGUCACACUUUGAGGAUCUACAAAGACAGAGUGGUCUAAUGCAGCCAAUGACCUGGGAGACCUGUGUGGAACUUUAUAUUAGAUUGAAGAACAUGGCUGAGUUGUAA